AUAUGUAGGCCAAAUGACUUUUAGGUUUUGCUAUUCAGAUAGUAUAGAAGUUCGUAAAUUGCUGAGCAGUUUAUUAUUGAAAGAAAUAAUUUAAAAUGCCCGCUUAUAAAGUUAAAGUCAAAUGGGGACGUGAGCUUUUUCCCGACAUUGAAGUGAAUACUGAUGAGGAACCUCUGUUGUUUAAAGCCCAAUUGUUCGCCCUCACGGGGGUGCAACCUGAACGCCAAAAAGUAAUGUGUAAAGGCGGCAUUUUAAAAGAUAAUGAGUGGAACCUGCAAUUAAAAGAUGGUGCAACUGUGUUGCUCUUAGGCUCAAAAGAACAGGUUCCCGAAGUACCAGUAACUCCCGUAAAAUUUAUUGAGGACAUGAAUGAUGCAGAAAUGGCCACCGCGAUGGAAUUGCCUGCAGGCCUGACGAAUUUAGGAAAUACUUGCUAUAUGAAUGCAACUGUGCAAUGUUUGCAUGUAGUGCCUGAGCUGCGAGAGGCUCUUGAUAAAUACCGGGUGGACAGCGAAGAUGCUGGCUCAAUGUCUACUGCAAUGGCGUCGGCAAUGAAAUUUUUGUUCAAACAAAUGGAACGAGGUAGUACAGUGACGCCAAUAAUUUUGCUACAAACGCUACAUCGCGCAUCACCACAGUUUUCGCAAGUCGGUGAGAAUGGAACUUACCGCCAACAAGAUGCAAAUGAAUGUUGGUCUGAAUUACUUAAAAUGUUGCAGCAAAAAAUACCAGCUUCGAAUGAUAAAGCCAUUGAAGGUAGCAACAUCAAGAAAUACAAUUCCUUUAUAGAGCAAUACUUUGGAGGCUCCUUUGAAGUAAAAAUGAGUUGUACUGAAGCUGAAGAUGAGGAGCCGACCAUAGCAAAAGAGCAAUUCCUUCAACUUAGCUGCUUUAUUUCUACGGAAGUGAAAUAUAUGCAUAGUGGUUUAAAAUCGAAAAUGAAGGAACAAUUGAUAAAACGAUCAGAAACCUUGGGCCGCGAUGCCAACUAUAUACGAACUUCGCUGAUAAGUCGCCUCCCAGCAUAUUUAACAAUACAAUUUGUACGUUUUCAAUACAAGGGUAAGGAAGGUAUCAAUGCCAAAGUUUUGAAAGACAUAAAAUUUCCAAUCGAGUUCGAUGCAUUUGAGUUAUGUACCGCUGAACUGCAAAAUAAGCUGUGUCCAAUGAGAGCCAAAUUUAAAGAAGCUGAAGAUAAACAUUUAGAAGGGGAUAACAAACCAAUUUCUGAAGAAAGUAAAAGUACUGCAAUGGAAAGUGAUAAAAAUGUAGAAACUGAGAACUAUUGGUUUGAAGAUGAUCCAGGGAGCAAUAAUUCAGGAUACUAUACUCUUCAAGCUGUACUAACGCAUAAAGGACGAUCAAGUUCUUCGGGCCAUUAUGUUGCAUGGGUAAAACAUUCUGGUGAUAUCUGGUUUAAAUUUGAUGACGAUGUGGUUACGUCCGUAACCACAGAGGAUAUACUGCGUCUCUCAGGAGGUGGAGAUUGGCAUUGCGCAUAUGUACUUCUGUAUGGACCAAAAUUAUUAAAGAAACAAUGAAAUUAAGUAAAUACAAUAAAAAUUUCAACACAAGA